CCUGAGGUGUUGGGCCUCGGGUGCGGGCGGCUGGGUUCUCCAGGUUCCACCCGGAUUGUGCCGGGUCGUUUUCAAAGCCUUGGGAAGGCGCUUUGGCCUGAUUUGAGGAGGGGGGGCGGGGAGGGGCCUGCGGCUUGCGGCCCCGCCCCCUUCUCCGGCUCGCAGGCAGGCAGAUUGGCCCGCCUCCUCCUUCGGCCGGCCCUGGGGCCGCGUCCCCCAGGCAACUCAGAUACUGAGGCCUGAGAUUCUGGCCGCAGGUGUCCGCGGCGAGGCCCCAGGGCACAGGCUAGUUGGACCCCAUGGUGGGUUUCGGGGCUAACCGGCGGGCCGGCCGCCUGCCCUCCUUCGUGUUGGUGGUGCUGCUGGUGGUGAUUGCAGUCCUCGCCUUCAACUACUGGAGUAUCUCCUCCCGCCACGUCCUGCUUCAGGAGGAGGUGGCGGAGCUGCAGGGCCAGGUCCAGCGCACCGAGGUGGCCCGUGGGCGCCUGGAGAAGCGCAAUUCGGACCUCCUGCUCUUGGUGGACUCGCACAAGAAACAGAUCGACCAGAAGGAGGCCGACUACGGCCGCCUGAGCAGCCGGCUGCAGGCCAGGGAGGGCCUGGGGAAAAGAUGCGAGGAUGACAAGAUUAAGCUACAGAGCAACAUAUCAUAUCAGAUGGCAGAUAUACAUCAUUUAAAGGAGCAACUUGCUGAGCUUCGUCAGGAGUUUCUUCGACAAGAAGACCAGCUUCAGGACUAUAGGAAGAACACUACGUACCUUGUGAAGAGGUUAGAAUAUGAGAGUUUUCAGUGUGGACAACAGAUCAAGGAGUUAAGAGCACAGCAUGAGGAAAAUAUUAAAAAGUUAGCAGACCAGUUUUUGCAGGAACAAAAGCAGGAGUCAAACAAGUUUGAUUCAAAAGAUGGAAACGAGUUGGGUAUAAACAAUCAUGCAGUACCUAAAAACAUUCUGAAAGAACCUGAGAAUGCUGCAGAUAAGAAUGAAGAACCCUCAAGCAAUCAUAUUCCACAUGGGAAAGAACAAAUCAAACGAGGUGGUGAUGCAGGAAUGCCUGGAAUAGAAGAGAAUGACCUUGCAAAAGUUGAAGAUCUCCCCACUGCUUUAAAGAAACCCUCUAUUUCCGUUGCUCAGUAUGAAAGUCAUCAAGCAAUCUCCCAUAUCCCAACUGGACAACCUUUCUCCCCAAAUAUGGUUCCAGAUUCUCAUGGACACCACAAAGGAAAUCCUGGAACUUCAAAGCAAAACCCUUCCAAUCCUCUUCAGCGUUUAAUUCCAGGCCCGAACUUGGAAAAUGUACCCAGAAUUCAAGCAGAUAUACUAAAGCAGGCUACCAAGGAUAGAGUCGGUGAUUUCCAUAAGUUGAAGCAAAGCCGAUUCUUUGAUGAGAAUGAAUCCCCUGUUGAUCCGCAGCAUGGCUCUAAACUGGCGGAUUAUAAUGGGGAUGAUGGUAACGUAGGUGAGUACGAGGCAGACAAGCAGGCUGAGCUGGCUUACAAUGAGGAAGAAGAUGGUGAUGGUGGAGAGGAAGACGUCCAAGAUGACGAAGAACGAGAACUUCAAAUGGAUCCUGCAGACUAUGGAAAACGUUUCAAUGAUGUUCUUUAAGCCCUAAAGUAAAACUUCAGAAAACCUAAAGUGCUGUAAAAUGGAAUAAUUUCUACUUUGUCGUUCCUGACUUUUGUUGUAAAGAUCAGUUGUAUCAGUUGUAAAGAUACAUUGAGAUAGAUUUAAGAAAAAAUUUUAAUGAAGAAAUGUACCCAUGUACAUAUGUGAACUUUUUCAUAUUGUAUUAUUAAAGCAGAGAUUUUGGGGGGAGGGGUUAUAUUACAGUUGAGCCAAAAACAAAGUAAGCAAAACUGUAAUCUUUGCAUUUAAAAUGAACUAAUGUAUAUUUUACAUUUUAUUGAGCCUAAUUCUUUCCACAAAUGGACAAAUAGUAAAAAUUGGUUGUACAGUUUAUAUGUUGCACAUAGCAUAACUCCAGUGAGAACAGUUAUUCAGCUGAAAACCUUUUUUACACUAAUAUAUUCUUGUUAGCCCAACAGGUGUUCUGUUCCAUCUACCCCUCAUCUCAUGCUCUUCAUGGAGUUAUACCUAGAAUAGUUACACAAAAGAGGGGUUGGAACCUGGAAGUCAAACGCUGGGCAGCAUGUGUGCAAAAUCAUUUCCCUACUUCUUUUAUUUUAAACGAGUGCUGGUGUGUUUUUGGCAGAUUAACUUUUAGCUGAGGCCUGAUGGAAGUUGAGGUAACCUGCAAAGACAUAACUAUUUAUGAGUUAUGCCUUACUUAGUUCAUGAAAUUGUGAAAUGCAUGAUUGACAAUAUCCUUCAAUUUUUAUUUUUUCACAUAAUACUGGUACUGUUUAAUGAUAACCAUCACUGGCUAAAAUUUUUAUAUUUUCAGAGUCCAAGUUGGUGAAAAUAUUCACGAUUUAAAUGCCAGAUUCUGAAAGAAGCUAAAUCAACUUCGAAAUGAAUCUGCAGUCAGCAUUUCAAAGCUUCUCUGGUAGUUUUAGUGAUCUUAUUUGACUAGAAUUUUUCAGAAGUACUAAAUAAGGAGUUUUAACAGAUUUUUAUUAAUGCACAAAUAAGUAGAAGUACAGUGAGGUCUACAGCUGUUUUAUUAAAAUAGCCUAAAAGUUUGUAAUAAAGAUGAAGAAUCUUUGUAAUUAAUAUGUUAAGAACCCAUAAGCCUAAUAUUUACUAGACUUACAAAAUUAUUUUAAAUUUAUUUGUCUUUUUUUACACUAUUCCGGAGAAUGCAGCAGCUAGUUAAUCCCUGUUUUCAGAUUUAAAUCUUUUAAAUUCUAUCCCCCUCCCCAAAAUAAAAGGUUUUGAUCACAA